CCUAGAAGCUGCCAACGGAGCCAUACCGCAACAACCUUGAACUACCCGAUGCUAGUCCAGGAUCCACGUCGCCAAUUGACCGACCAUACAAGUCCCUUUCCGACCACAUCACUAUCUCGACGUUAUUUAGACACCUUCGGUCCACGCUGCCAUUCCCUACUACUCUAAAGCCUACCAACACGAAGCCGACGUUGUGAUAUUGGAUGUUCUCACGCUAAGCCCUGGAAGGGCACCCCCGAUUCUCCCAGUCCGCCAAUCUACCAACUGAACGAACCCCCUUUUGUCCAGCUUCUAUAAGUACCUGCAUCGAGUUCCAGCAAUCACUACAUCAUGGCGGUCAACCGCAUUAGAGGUGCUUUUGCACCGCCGAGAAAGGGCGAGACAUUUGAACUGAGGGCUGGGCUGGUGUCUCAAUAUGCCUGGGAGCGGAAAGAGAGUAUUCAAAAGACUAUCAUGGCCAUGACCUUGGGCAAGGAUGUAUCUCAGCUCUUCCCUGAUGUCUUGAAGAAUAUUGCCACAGCGGACCUGGAUCAAAAGAAGUUGGUCUACUUGUAUCUGAUGAACUAUGCGAAAUCACAUCCUGACUUGUGCAUUCUUGCCGUCAAUACGUUUGUCCAAGACUCUGAAGAUCCAAACCCCCUCAUAAGAGCGCUCGCGGUUCGGACGAUGGGGUGCAUUAGGGUAGACAAAAUGGUGGAUUACAUGGAGGAACCCUUGCGGAAAACAUUACGAGAUGAGUCGCCUUACGUACGAAAGACGGCAGCAAUUUGCGUCGCCAAACUUUUCGACUUGAACCCGACCAUGUGCAUCGAGAACGGCUUCCUCGAGACGUUACAGGAACUGAUUGGGGACUCUAACCCAAUGGUAGUGGCAAACUCCGUACAAGCACUAGCUGAGAUUGCCGAGACAGCACCGGAGACGAGGGCAUUGGUCAUAACACCGCAGACACUGAAAAAGCUGUUGAUGGCGUUGAAUGAGUGUACUGAAUGGGGUCGCGUCACCAUCCUCUCAACACUAGCCAACUACCCCCCUCAAGACGUCAAAGAAUCCGAACACAUUUGCGAAAGAGUAACACCGCAGUUUCAACACGUUAAUCCGAGCGUCGUGCUUGCUGCUGUCAAGGUGGUUUUCAGUCAUAUGAAGCUUAUUAACCCUGAUCUUGUGCGGCAGUACUUGAAGAAGAUGGCACCACCUUUAGUCACACUGGUGGCUUCUGCGCCCGAGGUUCAAUAUGUUGCUCUUCGGAAUAUCGAUCUGCUUCUGCAAGCUAAACCUGAUAUCCUCAGCAAAGAAUUACGCGUGUUCUUUUGCAAAUACAACGACCCCCCAUAUGUCAAGCUAGAGAAACUUGAGAUUAUGGUCAGGAUAGCGAACGAUAAGAAUUAUGAACAAUUACUAGCGGAGUUGAAAGAAUAUGCCUUGGAAGUUGAUAUGGAUUUCGUACGGAGAGCGGUCAAGGCCAUAGGUCAAGUCGCUAUCAAAAUCGAGAGCGCGAGCGAGAAGUGCGUCAACGCGCUGUUGGAUCUGAUUGCCACGAAAGUCAACUACGUGGUUCAAGAGGUGAUUGUAGUGAUUAAAGAUAUUUUGCGGAAAUAUCCUGGGUAUGAGGGUGUCAUACCAACCCUUUGCAACCAUAUCGACGAGCUGGAUGAACCAGAUGCGCGCGGUGCGUUGAUAUGGAUUGUUGGCGAAUAUGCGGAAAAGAUCAACAAUGCCGACGAGAUCCUGGCAAGCUUUGUUGAUGGGUUCAUGGAGGAGUUCACACAGACGCAGUUGCAGAUUCUAACUGCGGUUGUCAAGCUGUUCUUAAAGAAGCCAAGCAACAACCAAGGCUUAGUACAAAAGGUCUUGCAGGCGGCAACAGCCGAAAAUGACAACCCUGAUAUUCGGGAUCGAGCCUAUGUUUAUUGGCGCCUCUUGUCUGGGGACCUGGAGGUGGCUAAGAACAUCAUUCUAUCGCAAAAGCCGGCUAUCUCCACAACCAUGACCAGUUUACCGCCAGCAUUGCUAGAGCAGCUGCUAGCCGAGCUGUCUACUUUGGCAUCUGUUUACCACAAGCCCCCAGAGUCAUUUGUUGGCAAAGGCCGUUUCGGCGCCGACGAAAUCCAGCGCGCAGCUAUUCAAGAACAGCGGCAAAACGCAGCCGAAAACCCCAUUGCUGCCUCGGUUGCGGCUGCUCAGAACGGCGCACCCGCGCAAAAUAAUAUCGAGAACCUACUGGAUAUUGACUUUGACGGUGCUGCCCCGGCCUCACAAGAGCAGAACUCGGCGAGUGCUACGCCGGAGCGCGUGGCUAGCCCCGCAAACGCUGCCGGCCAAUCCAGCAUGGCUGAUAUGAUGGGCUUAUUCGAUGCGCCGGCCCCAGCCCAGAAUAAUGACAUGGGUCCUAGCGGCGCGAACGAUAUGAUGAAUGGAUUCGCCGGGCUGGACUUGGGCGGAUCAAGCCAGCCCCCACCUGCUUCCGCGCAGCUUGGCCACGGCAACCCAGAUCAGAAGAAGAAUGCUAAUGAUGACCUGCUAGGUCUCUUUUAGUUGAUUGGGGGGCAAAACUCUCUUAAGGUAGACGAGAACCCACGGCGCCUCGACGGAGGUAUAUGUACACAGGGAUAAAUAUUUUGGCUCCGUGAAGGGUGG